CAUGGAAAGCUGGUUGAAGAACUGACACUUAGCAGCAGCAUUUCCUGAACUCUGUGUACUUAAAAAUGAAAACUAAAUUAAUCAAUUGAAUUCUUUUUCGGGUGGAGGCAGCAUACUACUCUCGGAUGUCGACUCCAUGGACGGCUUGCGCGGAGGGACGGGAGCAGGAGUAGGAGAAAUGAGAGGCAGGGAAAAGGAGGACCGGCUGGGAACAGGAAAGGGCCUUGUCGGGCAUUUACGCCAACCUGAGUUCUCUCAGGCACCUAUUUGGCUUGCCCCUUGGCUGCGACCACUGUCGUUCUCAGCCUCCUUGGGGGACUCGGUCCCAGCCCGGACAACUUUUUCAAUUGCUGCUUUGAACAAUGGUGAACUGAAGACAUCAGGACCAUGCAAGAGUUGUGAGCCAGACGACAUGGAUGCUGCACAGACAGUACUGGAAUCGGAAGUAUCAGUUCAUGAAGUGGAUGCCGUGAGGGGUCAUGCUCAUGCAAUGGAGAGAGUGAAGCACAAUCCAGCUCUUCAUUUGUCUGAGGAAACACCUGUUGGUCAGGAUCCGCCGACAUUCACAGCGGGGCAUUUAAUGGAGGAAGAUGGAAAACCUCAUCUCGCCACAACGGAGCCAGGUCUGUUCAGGGGAGCCUCAACCCAAAUGGAAUUGGUUCUGCAACCCUCUAUGCAAGAUGGUGGCUCGGCCCGUGUGUCGAGUGUGCGGGUAAUAAAUGGGCAAUCUCUUACUGUAUAUGGAGCAUCCUGUGAGAAGCAAAACAAAUUCAAUGGAUGCGGCAGCAAUGUAGGCAAGGAGAGCUCACUGAGGAGCAGAAAUGGUCGCUCAGACUCCGGCAUAUGCUCUACUGUUGCCUGUCACAAGUUCAUGUCUGAACUACAUGGCAAGCCAUGUGGUUCCGAAACAGCCGGAUGUGUGAUGUUGACCUCGUCACAUGAUGAAGGGAUGAACGAGUUUUGCCCAGUAUCAGAUCACACUCCAUCCACAGAGGUCUAUAUUGCUCCUGAAGACCUGGUUUGCUCUGUUGCACAAGGGGAAGACUGCUACAAGAGCGAGGAUCUAAAUUGUCAGAAGCCCGAAACAGAUGCACGUGCUCUUGCCUGUGGCAUUGGAAUGAUGCCUAAAGCUGCGGAAUAUGGCGAGAGGAGAGGUGAAAGAGGGGUGAUAGAUCGACAAGGGUAUGUUAUGCAGAUUGAGGAUAUGGGGUGUGGUCAUGACAGUGCGAAGGAUCACAUGUUGACAACUUGUAGACAGCAAGAAGUGCCUGAACGGCGUGCUGAUAGGCUGAGCUGUGAAGAUGGAGUUGAUCAAGAAACUGAAGGGUGUGUGGAACAGGGUGCUAAGAAUGAUAUGCCUUACGGGAAUGGGCAGCGCAAUGCGAAGAGGAGGGGAGAGGAUUUGCAGCCUGGCGUGGAAGAAGGUACAGUCGGUUUAUCGGUAACUGCUGCCGAGGCUUUGGUGAUCAGGGGAAUGAUCGAAACGUGUGGGGGGGGGAUGAAGUGGGACAUCGAAAGAGCCGCAAUUGAAAUCGCAGUGCGUUUACGGAGGAACCGUCAGGAGAUGCAGCUGGAUGUAUAUUCUUAUGAAUCGGCCGACACAGUGUAUUAUGCUGGUGAUGAAGAUGAGACUGAGAUUCUCGAUGAAGAGAUGGAGGAUGCAUUCAAGGAUGUUGGAUUGAGUAUUUCAAGAGUAGCAGAGUCCCACCAUUCUGGUGAUGUUGCGUGCUGCAAGGGGGACCAGAGAGCCAAUUUGGCAGACAGAAUAUGUACAGAGCAUUUGGAAAAUCAAGCUCAUGACGGUGGUGAUGAUGAUGAUCAUCAUGAAUUCAAUGAUGGUAACGGGGAUGCUUUGUAUCAGGACAAUGUGCAUGAAGGUACUCCCCUUGACAACAAUUGCUUUGUUCAGUCUGACAAUCGCAAUGAAUUUCAAUACAAGAAGAGGGGCAGGUUGGUGAAGGGUCAUGGGGGUGGGGGAGGUCAUUACGAUGAGAGCUUCGCAGGAGAAGUAGGCACAGCAUCCAGGCUUAAGGCAGAUGGGAAUGGCCUUUCGUGCCAAUCUGGAUCACAGGAGGUGGAGAGAGUCACCUGUUGUGACAAGCUUGAGACUGCUGUUGGCAAAAAGGCCAUGCCUGUUAUGGGAGACAACAACUGUAAUGACUACGCGGCUCCACGGAGGAUGAACAACGGGUAUAAUGCAGGCCAUGAGAAUGAAGUUGGAGAGGAUCAGAGGAGAGAUGAAGGUGGGAUUGAUGAUGUAAAUAAGGUAAAAGUUGUGUGUGCAGAAGAUGAAAUAGAUGAAAGUGUGAAAGAGUUUCAAGAUUGUCACCAAGGCAGAGCGACACUCACAGGAAAUGAGCCUGAGCAGCUUGAAAUGAAUGCAAGGUUGAGGAACGCAACCUGCAUGAAUCCACUUAUUGCAGCCGUCGGAUCAGUCCAAAUGUCCUCUUCAGUGUCGGUCGUUCCUGACACAUGUCCAGAGAGUGUGGACGUGGAAUCGAGGGAUCAAACAGGACAGGAAACAGCAGAUGUCAAUGAAGUGGAUAAAGUGAAUUACUGUGAGCGAAAACUCGGCGAGCUCUUGCCGAUCGCUGAUGGCACAGCAGCGAUGAUGACGAUAGAGCCAAGGAAAAAGUUGAUGGUGCAUAGCACAAGCGAUCUUCGUGCUACUGCCGAUGUUAUAGAGUCGGCUGGAAUGAAGAUAACUCCUCGUGAAAAUGACUGCGAAGGAGAAACUGCCAUGGUGGCUCGCUUUAGUGGCGAGCAGUUCACUAAGGGAUGUGGAUUUGACAUCAGCAGCCACUCCAGGUCUGUGCAAUCGAAUGAAGAUGCUCACGUGGAGGGGAUUGGCAGGUCGGUUAAGGGGGGAAAAGGGGGAUGGAGUGCUGUGGCUACUGGUGGUCGUAAAGCAGAAGUUGAAGGGCCUGCAGAGAAUCGUACUGAGAGCAUCACCAGAAAACAUUCUCAGUGUAUGAAUGCUGCUGUGGAGAGCGCGGAAAUUGAGUCCCAGAAACUAUUUGUGUGUGGACUUUUGCCUAACAAUGAACAAUUGUCAGGAAAAAAAGAGAUGUGCACCACACUCCAUGAUGAGUUUAAAGAUGCUAGGCGUGCUAAAGCUGUGCUGGAGGGGAAUAUGAAUGCAGGCACACCGGAGGAGGUCCUUGAAGAUGUCUAUCUUCUCGAAACAGAUAUGACGAGUUCAGACACGUAUGUUGAUAUGGACAUAUCCCCUGGCCCUGGGAGAGAUCUCCUGGUAGAGAAAAGAGGGAGAAAGACACAUGCUGAAGAGAUUGAGAGAGCGGACAAGGCAGCAGCAGAUAAGGAUGCACAGAUUAUGAUGAGUCAAUGUGUCGACAUGGGCUCGUUUUCCGGCUGCAACCAGGAGACUGUGAUGCGUACUACUGGAAACCAGGUGCUCAGUGAAGCCAUUACGAGAGUGGACGGCAUGGGACGGAUGGGUAGGUAUGACCAGAUGAGUUUGGGCUUGAGUCCUGACACAGAGGACGCAUUUGCUGGUCGCAGGAGAAAGUUUCCAGAGCAGGAAAUUGGAAGAAGAAUGCCUCGUGAAAUCAGUGUGAGACGGAAUGAUGUGGCGGGAAUAAGCACAGAUAACCAAAUGGAUUCAGGCAUGUCGGGUGGCAUUGAGGACACAUUUCGUCCUGACAAUGAGACAUGUGCAGAAGAAAUGGACAGAGGUGCACAGAACGAAGCAGUUGAAACGUGCGGGAAUUUAGGAGCUAAAAGUGAGACAUGUGCAGAAGAAAUGGACAGAGAUGCGCAGAAUGAAGCAGCUAUUGAAACGGGGGUCGAUAAUAGGCACGACAGUAAUGCGGUCCAACCAAGGUGCAAACGCGUUGGAAGAUUAUCAGAUCGUCCGGCACAGGGAAUUACAUCUCAGGCUGGAUCAGUGAGCCGCUGGCUUGGAGGAUGGUCUCUGAUUCCUUCUCCGCAGCAGGGACGAGCGCCAAUUCUGCUGCACUCUAUGGGACAGGUUGACUUGGUUGAAGGCAUACAAACACCCAGGGGGAGAGUAGAAGACAAGACACCAUCCUUCAGUUUUCAACCGUUUAAUUCGUUGUUGAAUCACGGGUUCCCAGGUGUUGACCCGAACAUUUCCAGGAUUGCUUCCACAUUGCUGGUAGAAUCUGUGGCGGAUGUCGGACAAGCUGUUGAAGCAACUGAAGUGAUACAUAGCGGUGAGUGCGAUAGCAGUGAAGAUAUCCAAGCUGGCGGGAGUUGUGAACCUUGUAUUGUGGGUGGUGUGGCAACGAGAAAUCGGGGACAGGACCUGGACCCAGGAUCAGGAACGGAUCUUGCCAUCAUCCAAUCCACGCAGAGUUCAGUAUCAAUGUUGCCCCUGUCUUCAAACCCCUUAUGCUCGUUUGUUCCCUGUACUCCGUGUGAUAUCUCUCAGGUAGAAUCCUCUCAGAACAGGACCUUUCAGCUUGACCUUCCUUCACCGUCAGCGGCUCCAAAGUCUCCUGCGGAUGGCCUUUCUCAAGGAAGGAACUCGGCAUGGACGAACACAGAUACAGAACGUUCAGCUUGCCGUAUUCAGGACAGAGGCCAUGGGGCGCAGGAAAAAGAACAGGGGAGGACAUGCGUUAUGGAUUUACGUCUCGAAACUGAAGACGUUGAAGAGGAGUGGGAAGGUAGAAGAUGCAGAGGUAAGGAGCAGGAGAACGAGGUUACCGGUGUUGUGGAAAUGACAGAUCAUAAUAUGGCAAGUUGGAAGGCGGGUACGCACACAGAGGCACAUUGCGGGAGACAGUUGCUGAACGAAGGUCAGGAGCAAGGAAGGAAGCAAGGAUGCAGACAAGAGCUGUGCAACAUAGAGGGUGGUGAAAAAGAGGGGAGGAAGCAUGAAGAACGAAAGGACAACUUUCAAGUAGUGGAAGAGGAGGUAGUAAUCCAGAAGAAGACCUGUAAACAGCAGGCAGUGCCACCUCAUGCUGCACCCAGGAAGUCUGACAGUAUGCAAAAGAGCGUACGGAGGAAGGAACCGAGAUGUCACGGGGAAGAUGUGGAUGUUCAGGUCCGGAAGUGGAAGGAACGGAAAGAACAGGAAAGCGCUAAAAUGGUGGGAGAAAGUGAUCCCAGAGGUCAGCAGUUGAAGGAGAAAGCAACGCACCAGGAGCAACACGAAGAGAACAUGCAAACAGACAACCACGAUGAGGAGAGUGUUCCCAAUGCAAAUCAGGAUGGUGGUGGAACUGGGGUCCAGGAAACUGUGGCAACUACGUCUGACUCACGGAUGACAAUGAGAUUGCAGAUGAAGGAUGACGCAUCUCCUUCAGCGAUGGCAGAUAUAGCGGAUCGGCUGGAACAGAUGGCAACUCUUAGAGAUAGCACAGCCAGGCUACAACCGGAAGGCAGCAGAAUGUCACCCUCCCCAGAAAGUGGGGAAGAAAUACAUCAGCAGCGGCAUCAUGGACAUGCAAUGAGCAAUGCUAUGGGUCCGGGUUUGAAUCCGAAGCAGAAGGGAAGAACUAACGACCGGGAGCAGGAUAAAGCUCGCACCAAUGGUAUGGCCCAACCUGAUGUCCCUGGUAAUUGUGAUAAGGAAUUCCAGGGAUCUGCAACGGGUCAGCAGCACCUCGUUCGACUGACUCACAAGCAUCUUAGUACAUCAGGACGGAGCACAGCGAGAAAGGGGGGCAUAGUGUUGAGGCCGAGUAAUAGUCGCCGUGUGUCUCCUCGCCGUCAGAUUGUGAAGCACCGAGCAGCUCGCUCUGAUGUGAGACCAUCUCGACACUUGUAUCGCUGGAAAAGACCUCCCAAAGCAGGACCGAGAACCCCCCCCCAGGAUAGAAAAGGUGAGGGAAGGAAGGACAAGCAUGUGUGCAUGGAGGACCAGGUCGAGGGCAUUGACAUGAUGAGAGCAAUUAGCAGCAGUUCUAGUCCACGGGGGCCCAAUGAAGAAGACAAAGGGGAUGCUGCUGGCCGUGACUCAGGCCCAUCUCUGAUGUGUUGGCUUAGUAAGGUCGGGAGUAAAAGGAAGAGGCAAGUGGAGAGUGACGAAGUCGAGGGAGGGUGUCAUGAUGAAGAGGAUCAUGAUGCGAGUGCUGUUGGCAGAGAAGGUGAUGGCUCUAGAGAUUCUGUCAGUGGCAGAGAGGCAAACUUUGUGUUCCAAGUGCACACUUCUCAGCACACAGGUGAAGGAGUUGAAAUUGAUGUUCUGGAGAGAACAGGAGGAAGCUGCACUGUGAAUGCAGCCUCUGAUGCAGGGAAUGCGGAUGCCAUGGAGAUCAGCAAAGCCACAAAUGCCAAUCAAAACAGGGAUAGCAACUGCCUUGUUGCGGUCGAAGUGGGGAGCAGGUCAACGCACAAAAUGAGAGAGCUAAAUUUUCAGGAGCAGAAUUGGGCACAGAAUGAAGGUGUGCAUGAGCAAGGUGCAUGUUCAAGUGCUGCUCAUGUUGCAGGACAUUGCCAACAAGUUGGUGUUGAUGAGGCUAGCAGUGUAGGAACCCUUAAUGAAUGGCCAAAUAAAUCUUUGCCUUCGAGUAGCUCUGUCAGGAUCAGAGGAGUGGGUGAGGAAGAUGUUAGGAGUCGGGAUACCUCUCGCAAUCCGGAAGGAGAGGAGAAAUCCAAAAAAAGUAUCUAUACCGAUAGGAGGAAACGCCGCCGUAUGUCGCCUUCUAUUGCUCCGGUAACUCCUGCAUCUCCUGGCCAUCAAGGCCCCCGUCGUAGUCCAACACGUAGGCAGGAAAACGCGCAGCAAGGACGGGAAGAUGGGCUUACUCGCCCAUCUCCUGGGCGUCAAGGCCUCCAUCGUAGUUCGACACGUAUGCAGGAAAAUGCGCAGCAGAGACUGGAAGACAUGCUAACUCCAUCUCCUGGGCGUCAAGGUCUCUGUCGUAGUUCGACACGUAUGCAGGAAAAUGUGCAGCAGAGACUUAAAGACACGCGGGUGUCGAUUGGGAUUGGAGGGAGAGGCGUUGACUGGUGCAGCUUGCAGGGUAGUCGCACGUGUAGGCGUGAACUGCUUCCAGAUGAAAACAGGGUUGCAAAAGAUUCACGGCCUGACAAAACAGGUGGCAUGAUUGGUGUUGGCGGCGGUGUUAGCGAUACCCGGAAAGGUAGAAAAGCCGGGAUGCGGGUUUGCAGAGAAAGGGUAGGGAAACAUCAUGGGAAACUGGACAAACAGAACAACACAGAAGCUAACAGAAUGGCGGACACGUCAGAAAGAAACAAACAUCAACAUUUGUUCAAGGGUAUGAGGUUUCUGCUGACAGGUUUUGACUCCCAGGCAAAGAAGAAUUUAUUGGAGACUAUAACAUCUGAUGGAGGACUUGUGUUGAGCGAAAUCCCUCAUGCAUAUGUGGUGACCGCACCUCAAUCGCCUCAUACGAGGCGGCAGGCAGAGGGACUCAGUGGUCAUCCGCAUGUCAUCGCAGCAAGAAAGCUUCGAACACCCAAGUUUCUGUUUGGGUACGCGGUUGGAAUCCCUCCUGCCUCUUCAGACUGGAUCAUUCAAUCAGUAAAAGCGCGUGCCUUGCUGCCAGUUUCCAGGAUCGCAGUUCGUGCCCGCCCUGCGGUACCUCCAAGACCCAAGAGAUUCAGCAGACAGAUGACUCCAGCGGCAUCAAGUACGACAUUGACAGUACAAGACACCACCGGAGAUCUUCCCGCAUGCCCGGUCCAAGAGGCCAGCGAGCCUUUGGCUGACUAUCGUGGGCUGCUACAGGCAUUUACAGACGCCGUAGCCGCCGCCGAGGCUCAACAGGCUGCGGCAGAGGCAGAACGCAUGCGGCUGGCCAAUGAGGCGGCAGGUGAAGCUCAGCGGACAACUGAGACUGACGAAGCGGCACGAAACAGACGGAAUGCCGCCAGCACGGAGUCCCUGAUUGCUAGUGAGCAUCAGUGGGCAACGUUACUCCAAGGCAUGAUCUUUGUGCCUACGGAAACGCAGGCGGAACCGACACAGGCGGAGGCAGAGGAAAGUAACCUGGCUACCGUGAUGUUGAACGUAAUGAGGGGAGUAAUGUGGAACAACAAACUACUGCAGGCGCACCUGCACGCGGAACGACAGCAAAGACAGCAGUACCAGCAAGACCUGGCCGCUGUAACGGCCGACGUCCGCAACGCAGCAAUGCAGCAGCAGCAACAGCAACAGCUGAUGAACUCUACCAUCGCACGCAUCAACGGCAUUGAGGCCAAGGCCUCAGCAGCGCCAGGGUGCACGACGGACGCGGCGAAGCAAAUCAACGAACGCAUCGAUCACGUCGUCACCAUCAUCGGCGACAUAGGUGUUUUCAACGGACCGGACACGAUCAGCAGCACGGUGGCCGCCAUCAAGACGGACAUCACCAAGCUACAGACGAGACCGGACGCCGCUACAAAGACGUUCAAGAUGCCGCACUUCGACAUCACUCGAGACUGGACAACGAAGUGGCAAAAGAUAGUGACCACACCAGGCUUCGACUUGACGUUCCCAAAUCAACGAUCCGAGUUCUUCUCGCGAUCAUGCGCGGGAUUGCGGUCGACACUCGGUAAUGAGUACGAUUAUACCACAUUCCAGGGCAUUCUGGAUCGAGCGAACUUGGUCAUCCAAACGGACCACAAGGCCGCUAACGAGAGGCAAUCCCAACCGCAUUAUGUGGCCAAGCAGGCCUAUCAACGUCUAACACAUAACAAUGCCGUGAUUUCUGAGGAAACCGACGACCACCACGCUGCAGCAGCAUCCUCGAGUGAUGGAGGAAUUGUCGUAGCGCUCCCGCCGAAGCGUCCCAAGAGAGUUCGAAAGAACAAGGCGACACAAGAGACGGCAGCGGCGGGAGCUGGGCAGCCAUGGACGGCAUAUAAGAUCACCAAGGAGGUCUAUGACCUACGUCAGAAGUUUCAGUGGGGUUUUGAGGAAGAAAGCGAUGAAAAGGGUCGGAACUCCCUUGUUUCUGCAAGAGACCGAAAGCGCAAGGGGGAGAGUGGGACUGUGGAGGAAUCCAGUGAAGUAGCGCAGAAUGUUCAUAGGAAAACAGUUGGAACAUCUGGUUGUGGACUCAUUGCUGGCACCUCCGGAGCGCUUUUAUCAGGGCUCCGCAUUCUGCUCCGGGGAACGUCAAAAUUCCGCAAUCAACUUGAGCUUCUGAUUCAGCAUGCCGGGGCACGAGUCGUUCACAGUUUAACGUCAGGUGGAAGUGGAUCUGGAAAAGGAGGAGAUGUACCAAUUCAGGAGAGGGCAUGCGACUAUGUUGUUGUGCAAGAAAUCUCUCAAAUGCAGCCUGACUUCCUCAGGACAGCAAGAAGAAUGAAGGUGCAUGUUGUGACAUAUGACUGUGUCAUUCAGGCCCUAUUGAUGCGAAGGCUACCAGCUCAGAGGCCUAUUGAAGAUGGAAAACUCGGUCACAAAUUGUUGCAACUUUCGCCGCCACAAGCAAAGGAAGCUGCUAUCCCUUCCCAUGAGCGAUGCCAUCGGCAGGAGAAGAAGGUCGAGGCGGAAGAAGAUGUGCCAGCACCUGGAACACCAGUGGUUGGUGGCGCUCAUAACACAGAAAGAAGCCCACAGCGAUGCUCGCCUUUAAACAUUGCAGGACGAUCACCUGAAAUGUCUGGUCCUUCUCUCAUGACCACGGGGGUCGUUUCAAACCUAGUGGGAACCGCACAAGUCGAGAGGUCAAGCCCUCAUCGUGUAGGAGCUGCUUUUUCUGAACAGGUUCCGUCACAUUCUCCUGGGAACCAAGCUGCUUGCAGUGCGUCAGGCAUCAUGCCUGUGUCUCCUGUGACUGUGAUUCCAGGAAGGUCUCGGACAGAAAGACCUGUUGUUUGCUUCUCUGGUGCAGCCUCAGGUGAUGGAUCGAGACACGCACUGCAGAAGACGAAACCUUGUACAGAAGCCUCCCCAUUAAGGCGCUCAGCACGAUCUCCAGCACAACAAGCCAAUCCUAACGCGUCAGGCGCCAACCCUGUGUCUUUCUCUCCACCCAUGUCUUUGAAGAAGCCUUCCGCCGCUCGUGGUGCAACCAUUGCAGUUGCUAUCAAUGAGCGACCUUCUGAAAGACCUGCUGCUCGCUCUUCGGGUGCAGCCUGUGGUGAUGGAUCGAGAAGAUGUGCAGUGAAGAAGCCCAAACCUCAUUCAGAAGCCUCCCCACUAAGGCGCUCACCAUGGCACCCAGCUGAACAAGCCGAUCUUGACGCGUCAGAUGCCAACCCUGUGUCUUCAUCCCCACCAGUUUGCUUGGAAAAGCCAUCUACAGCUUGCGGCACAACCAUUGCAGUUGCUAUCAAUGUAAGAUCUUCGAAAGGACCUGCUGCUUGCUCCUCGGGUGCAGUGGAGAAAAGCAAACCUUGUCCAGAAACCUCCCCACUAAGGCGCUCACCCCGGUUCCCAGCUCAACAAGCCAAUCUUGACGCGUCAGACACCCACCCUGUGUCCUUAUCCGCACCAGUUUGCUUGGAAAAGCCGUCUGCAGCUCGUGGCACAGCCAUUGGGACUGCUCGUAAUGGAAGAUCUUCAGAAAGACCUGCUGCUUGCCCUUCGGGUGCAGCCUCUGGGGAUGGACCAAGAAAAUGUGCAGUGGAGAGGACCACAACUUGUCCAGAAGCCUCCCCACCAAGGCGCUCACCACGACACCCAGCUCAACAAGCCAAUCUUGAAGCGUCAGAUGCCAACCCUGUGUGCUUGUCCCAACCGGUUUGUUUGGGACAGCCUUCCGCAAGUUGUGACGCAGCUGUUGGGGCCACUGUUCGUGGAGAAGGGAUUGCCCCUGAGAGUGGCCGAGCGGACCUUGACAUUUUGCAGCGAAGGUGUUCACCACGAUUCCUGAGACAUGAUAGCCCAAGCAGAGACCCCAAAAGCGCAUCCAUGGCCGAUAUCUUGCGCCACUCACACAACAACCCCUUGCCUUCCACCCGCCGACAUUCCCCUGCAUCACUGCGAAAAUGUGCUGUUUCACCCUCUGCAUGUCCACGGUCGCUCAGAAUUCACGAUACCAAUAAGAAUCUCUCAAAGAAUGGAAAGAAGGUUCAAGUGAUAUGUGAUGACGCUGACCAGGGCAGCCGCGGCAAGGAUGAACAGAGAGUUUGCCCUGGGGAAGUAUCAGAGGGCGAGCAGAGAGAUGGUCAGAGAAUGCCAUACAGAAAACAGAAGGAUAUGGGGAAAGUGUCGAAAAUGACGAAAGGGAAAAAAACGGCAGACACUCGUACUGACGACAACGGCGAUGAUGGGUCGGACUUUGAGGAGGAUGGCAAAGGCAAGGGAAAGGUGCUGAGAACCUCCCAGCAUGUGGAGAGCAAAGGUGCGAGCAGACCGCAACGAGACCUGAAAAGAGCUCCUGGCAGCGAAGGAGGCCACAAAGGAAAGGUCGACAGCGGGACUGGCAAAUGGAGGCAUGGAAGGCAGCAAGACAUGGAGAAGAGGUAUCCGUGCGAUUGGAUGGGAAGAUGUUCGAGGCGGCCUAUGGAAAUGCCCUCCCUUGGAGUCUCCAACUCGGAUGUGAAACAAGUGAAGCAAAGGGGGAAACCUGAGGGCGUGUCAGUCAUCUACUACAGAGCAUUUAAGUGCAAUGGAGUGGUUUUUGAACUUGGCGACACUGUUGAGGCUUCGAGAACAACUGGGCAUCAGCGGCAAGAGUCUCCUGUCGUAUUACGGAUUGAAGAGUUGUGGGAGGAGUUUGAGCUGACGUCCCACAAAGGAGCGAGAAUUGGUUGUCAGACCCUCAACAGCAGCGAAAAUCCAGAGGACUGUCAUGGCAGUGUCAGUGACGGCAGCAAUCUGCAGAAAAGAAGUGGUCUGAGCGUUUUUUUCGGACCCUUAGCAGGGGGGAUCGGUGCGUUCUUGCUGGAGGAGUCUUCUGUCUUAGGUAAGUUGUCUUUUAUCUUCUUCCACCUCUUUGGCAGUGAUGUGAGUGUGUAGUUUGAGAUGAAUGUCGGGAAUGCCAAUGCUGUUAUAUUUGUUUGUUUUUGAUAAAUGAGUUUUUGGUUU